AUGGACCAAGAUCAGUUCGGCGGCCGCACCGAUGAUGACCUCUUUGCCGACGAUAUCGAACCUGUCUCGUACGAGGGAGAGGCCGUUGUCCCCCCGCCGGCGACCACCUCCAAGCCAGAGUCCGCCGAGGUUCGUCAACAACCAGCGGCAGAGGUUAUACCAGACCCUCCUGUUCGCGCACAACUCGGGGGGCUAGCCCAGUCAAGACAUAACUACCCAGACAGAUCCCGCGCAUCCAAAAACAAGAGCAACGACAACAGGUCUUUUACCAAGGCACCACCUGCUUCGGCUCCCUCGAAUACCACCAAUACACCGGCGAACGCACCGUCGGGUCCGAAAAGCUAUGUCCACAGGGGGAAAUUGAAGCCAAACAACAACACCGCCGCGGCGAGCGAUAUCCGCACGCUGAGUGGCGGUAUGCAACGCUCCAGGAUGAGUCAGGCUGAGUCCGACAAGAUGAUGGAGGAGAAAAGACUUGCUUCUGUUGAGAAGGAGCGGAAGUUCCAACGGAUCAAACAGGAUGAGGAGGAACACGCCAUUGCUGUUGCCAAGGGCGAAGAAGAGGCAUUGAAGCGCAAACAGGAGGAGGCUGCUGGCCUGAGAAAACGCAAGCCGAGAGAUGCGCCCAAGCCGAAGCCGGCCCCGGUGGAGAGAAACAAGUAUGAUGCAGACCGGAUGCAAAACAAGGGUCGUAAAGGGACGAGAGCACCAUGGGACCAAGACAAGGUGGAUUUAGACCAAGCGGACGCCUUCAGAAAGGGGGCGAAUCGCGAAGUAAAGGGAUCAACAGGAUCAGGGUUGGGAGCAAGCAGGUAUGCUUCCCAGGAGCCGAGCCGUGAACAUGUCGACCAGGAAAGCGAUGCAUUUGGAAAACACAGCUCUAGGCAGAACAAACAAGGGAGGACCUUGUUCGAAGCGGACGACGCAUACAGACAAAAGCAGGAGGCGUUUAGACAAAACAAGGGCGGACAUCACCCCUCGGCCGUGUCACAACCGCUCACAACCAAGUCAAGUCAAAAUCCCAAGCCAACUGAGGACUUUCCAGUGCUACCGUCGUCAGGCCCUACCGCUACAAACACGGUGGUCAGUCCCAGUUGGGUGAAGCCGGUUGGAGAUUGGGCUGAGGACGUUGAAGGGUAG